GCAACUUGCCUUGGUCUAGUGUAGUAUAUAAAGUCAGUACGCAGUGUUUAAGGUUUCAACUGUCAGUGAUCUUUCCUUGUGUGAAAAGAUGGCUGUCUCAAGCAUUCAGAUGCUGUCAGUGCUGUUGGUUUGUACGGCCAGAACAAAGCAAACUGAUGGAUCGUAUGCACUCAAAAUGUGGAGCAAUGAAGACCAGGCACUUCGAGAACAACUCAGGUUUAUAUAUAAGGAAAUAGAAGCCCUGAGACAAGACCAAAGUUUGAUGAAACGGAAACAAGAAGACAUGACACAGGCGAUGUUGCAUUGUACACAAACGCAAGCAUACACAGAUAAGGAGGUGAAUAUGACGUCCCUGGAAAAAGGCAGCACCUCUAUGCUGUAUUCCUUUCCCCAAGAGCAGGAAGAUGGUGACACUGAUGAAGGCUUCGACCCCUGUAAGAAGUACAAGUCACUCAACCAGGACUGGAGAGCCACCAACUACAGCGCCAAGCAAGUUGCCUGUGAUCGCAACGUGCAGUGGAAUGGCUGGUAUCGCCUGUUCUACAGGGGUAAAAGCAUCCAAAUGCCUGAGCUGUGCGUGAAGAAGGAACGCUGUGGAACACAUGCACCGCUGUGGUUAGUAGGUGGCCAUCCACGCAAACGUAACGGAAUCGUCACACGCAAAGUUUGCGGCCACUGGAACGGUAACUGCUGCGCCUUCAAAUCCCCUCCAAUCCAAGUGAAAGCAUGUCAGGGCAACUACUAUGUCUACAAGUUUGUCCAGCCACCGACCUGUCAUCUGGCCUAUUGUGCAGAUGUUAACACUCUUAUCUGUGGGCAAUGUAAGAAAAAUGAAAUUUGUACCAGCAAGGACAAGAUCAAGUGGUUUUGCAAGAAAACAAAAAGAAGAGUGAAAGCCAAAGUGCACUUCUUCGCUGCCUACCCUGGCUCACUGUCUGGCAAAGUGAACCGAAUCCAGUACAGGAAGGUACAUGUGAAUGUGGGUGGGGCCUUCAACAGGCGCACAGGUGUGUUCACGGCUCCAGUCGCGGGAAUAUAUCAGUUCUUCUUCUCCACUCAGUCGAUGAAUGGGCUUAAGACUGACCUGUGGCUUGUUGUGAAUGGCUAUUGGGUUUCUGUGUCUCACACUCGUGUCAGCGUCUCAAACUCAGUAGGAAAUCUUUCAACGUACAUGACCACUCUGCGCAAAGGUGCCUUAGUAUAUGUGACCCAUAACUGUGGCAACUCCUGGGCUAACUCAGCAUCCAACACCAUUGUAUUUGGGGGUUCACUGCUUCUAGUACAAAGAUGAAGGAAGAGCUUUAGCUACCACCUGAAUGUGUUUUAUAAUGAAGAUUGUGAAGCUAUUUCUAUUCCAUGUACUUAAUAUACAGCUGUCAGAUGGGGCCUAGGAAAUGAUGUAUAAAUUUAAAUUGGGUGUAAUGGUUGCAUAUGUACGUGUGUGUGUGUGUGUGUGUGUGUGUGUGUGUGUGUGUUUGCAUGCUUUUUAAAAAUUUGCAUGUUACUGUUUGAGUAUUAUCAUGCUUGAUUGUCUUGCUUUGUAUAAUUUUGAUCCUUGCCUAUUUUUUUUUGUAAUUCAUUCCUGUUAUUAAUGAAGUACUUUCUCCUGUGCCAGCUGCAACAUUAAUUCCUGCAUCCUCUCUUUUUUUCCCUUGACUAAUAUGCCUAAUAUUGUGUGUAGUUAACAUUGUAUGCUUGUGAUUCCUUGUUAUGAACAUAGUGGGGCAGCAAAGUUACUUCAGUGUUUAAUAGUCUGAACAUACACGAGAUGGCCCCUGAACCACAGGUAAUUUAACACAUAUCUGUCACGAAACCUGUAAUAAAUUUUGUAAUGUUCUUG